UGUCCGUUGUACAGUGUCUGUACACAAUGAUCUUGUUGCAAUUGUCUGCUACUCAAAAAACAAAGUACACAUAGUUGGCCACAACCUUCCCGCCUUUAAAACCCACUCUCUCCUCUACAAAUACUCAGAACACAGGCAUCAGCUGGGAAUUGAGAUGAAGCCUGCAUGGCUGAAAGGGCUAAUGGAGGAGAAAUUCUUCGAGCAGUGUGGGAUUCACCAGAAUCACAGAAAGAACGAAAAGAACAUUUUCUGCUUGAAUUGUUGCAGAAGCUUUUGCCCUCACUGCCUGCCUUCUCAUUCCCCCUCUCAUCCUUUACUCCAGGUUAGGAGGUACGUUUAUCACGAUGUUAUUAGAUUGGACGAUCUUGAAAAACUCAUCAACUGUUGUUACAUUCAGCCCUACACAAUAAAUAGUGCAAAAGUUAUAUUCUUGAAUCAGAGAGCUCAAUCUAGAUCUUGCAAGGGUUCUGGCAAUACUUGUUUCACAUGUGACAGAAUUCUUCAAGAGCCAUUUAACUUCUGUUCUCUCUCAUGCAAGGUGGAUCAUAUGACUUGUCAAGGGGAAGAUUUGUCAAGCAUAUUAUUUAGGUUUGAUGAAUCUGAUUUCACUAUCGAGGGGCUUCACAUUGAUGCCUUAGACGACGCUCAAAUGACACCCGACUCCUUUUUAGAGGACCCAAUAUUGGAAGAAUAUAGAGAGUCAUCGCAUACUAGUUAUGGCAUAGGCAAUUCUGCAAUCUUCAAGGAAACAGAAGCCGAGAAAAGGAAGGGAAAAGGCGGGUUCCUCCCUGGUAUUAUGCUCUCCUUGAGCAAUAGGAGAAAGGGAGCUCCACAAAGAUCUCCUCUCUCUUGAACUCGUACUAAGAGACUUUCGGCGAAGGUCUUUUGCUGACGUCUCAAAUCAAGUUCAAUAAUAUACUUGUACCGAUAUAGUUUAUUAGUAUCUUAUCGAAAAUUUCCAACAAAUAUGUUAUGUUAUUCAUGUAGUUCGUCAGUAACCAACGGUGAUGUGUUUAGCAUCGCCAAUUUUGUACCACCUUUACUCAAUGGAACUAGUUAUUAAAUUAAA